AUGACCAGUAAAGUCGACGAGGUGACAUGGAGAUCUUUGCCGAGAAAAGACCAGCUCGCUAUUUUGUGCUUUUUGCGAUUCGCUGAGCCAGUUGUUAGCAUCUCACUGCUUACAUACCUUUUCUACCAGCUACAAUCUUUAGACCCUAAACUCGACUCUGGGGCAAUUGUGCGUCAGGUUGCCUAUCUACAAACAAGUUUUAUGCUUUCGCAGUGUUUAUCGUCCAUGUUUCUUGGGAAGUUUGCAGACUCACAUAGGGGCGGGAGAAAGCCUGUUCUCCUGCUGGGAGUUCUGGGAUCACUCGUAGGUUGUGUCUCGUUUGGGUUUAUCACCAACUUCAAACAGGCCUUGGCCCUUCGAAUUCUCGAGGGGCUUGUCAAUGGCAAUGUUGCAACUAUUCGGACGAUGGUCUCUGAAGUAGUUGCAGAGAAACGCUAUCAGCCUCAUGCUUUCUUGCUUCUUCCAAUCUCGUUUAACGUAGCCGCAAUGUUCAGUCCUCUAAUGGCUGGCCAGCUAGCAGACCUUCCUGGAAAAUAUCCAGAGAAGUUCGGAAACAAUUCGUUCCUUAAGGCCUGGCCAUACUCCCCUCCUGCGUUAUUGAGUGGUCUUUUCCUUCUGAUUGCCCUGUGUGCUGUUUUCUUCUUCUUGGAAGAGACGCUUGAACCAAUACGAGACCGCUUCGACCCCGGGAUUGAAAUUUCCUCGAGAGUCAGAUCAGUCAUAUUUGGAGUCAAAGCUACCACGCCAAGUCAGAUAGAACAAGAGGAGACUGCGCAUGGAGAGACAUCGCGCAUGAUUACCAAUGUGCCAGAAAUUGAUGAAAGAGACCUGGAAGAAGAUUGUAUCUCGGAGGGAGAUUCUGUCUCUCUCAAGCCAGCAAAGUCUCCACCCAUCCUGCCACUUCGCCGCAUGUUUACAAAGAAUAUGUGCUUCACACUGCUGGCAUACGCAAUCCAGGAAUACCAUAUCACGACCUACAAUACUCUAUGGACAAGUUUCCUGAGCGAUCCCGUCGACACAAAAAACCGAGCGAGACUACCUUUUCUUUUUUCUGGUGGUGCUGGAAUGAAGCCUGACCGUAUAAUGUGGUCAUUGUUCAUUGUCGGAGUCAUGGGCCUUCCAACCCAACUGUUCAUCUACCCUCGCAUCAGCCGGCGUAUGGGAACGUUGAAAAUGUGGAGGACAUUCAUGAUGGGAAUGCCAUUGCUAUACUUCAUAAUUCCAUAUAUCGCAGCUGUACCCUCUACUGCUGCGCCGCCGGCAGGUAAGGAGGGAUUUUGGGUAUGGUUUGUGAUUGUUCUUGCACAAGUUCUCAUGGUUGGAACAUCAACCUUUGUUGUUCCAGCGCAGCUGGUACUGACAAAUCUAUCGUCACCCCACCCAUCGGCCCUGGCACGAACGCAUAGUAGUGCUUUCCUGCUCACAGGCCUGGUCAGAUCAGCUACAUCGUCUAUCGCCGGUGUUAUAUACAGCUAUGGGUCUUCGCAUAACAUCACGGGGCUUGUGUGGUGGAUUGCCAGCGGCGUCGCAGCUCUGGGUUGCUUGAACAGUCGUAUUGUCAAAGAGGGUAGUGGACAUGAAAUAUGGCUUACGGGGGACACUGAGUAG